AUGCCUCAUCAUCUAUCAUAAAGUUGACAAGGUUCGCCUCUCGCCCCCGCUUCAUGAUGUAUGUGAUGAGAGAACCACAGCUAUACUUUCCACAUCAUCAACUUCGGUGUGUGUGUGUGUAUGGCUGACCAAGGCGAAAACGUCGCCUCUGACAUCAAAUGGGAGCAUUCCCAUUACUCAUCAUUAAACUCGAUGCUAUCUCACAACAUCAGGUUACCGGCAACACGACAGUUUUUCGCAUGGUACAAUAUCACCAUCAGUUGCCUGAUCUUGCGGCCGGCGGUGGCCGAACCAAUGGCAAUCCUGCACAACUUCAUAGUUUUUUUUUUUUCCCUUACAAAUCUCAGAAAAGGAGUAAUUACUGUUGAUGCUGACAUCCUGCUGUUAAAUCUUAUUCGAGAACGACAUCCGCAAGGCGCCGCUGAUGUGCCAAGGGGUGCCCCUCGGUCCCGAGAACUAGUGGAUUCAGAAUAUGGAACCCAUGACAAUUGUACAGUUCCUGUGACAAACCAAGCACGGAUCAGGGCAGAAUUCAGGGCACUAGGACGUUUGACUUCUUGGAUUCGGUCAAAAUCCACCGUACACGUUCAAUCUUGACCACUCGCCCCAGUCCGGGUACACUGUUCCCGUAGCGGGGAAUUUGCGCCUAUCCCCUUCUCCCUUGUCUACCAGGGUCGCGCGCGCGCUUAUUUGCCGUUGAACGUUGCACGUACAUAAUAAAUUGUUCGUCAUGACAGGGCGGCACCGAGUCGACGAUGACAGGCAACCCCACAUCACCGGUUAUGUAUAUCACGUCAGGCAAAAUGAUCCGCUCGUAUGAAAUAGUGGAUCCCCACUAUGUAAAAAUAAAAUUCCU